AUGCCGAACUUGCACCACGCGCACGUCACGCACGCGAGCGCGGACUUGUUCGCGAUCCUCGGCCCGUCCGGCGCGGGAAAGACCACGCUGAUUGACAUACUCGCCGGGAGGCCCAGCGUCGGGCACGAGGUCGCCGGCGAACUGAGGGUCAACGGCCGAGCGAUGACCUCCGCGGAAAUGCGUGCCGUGAGCGGGUACGUGACGCAGGAUGACGUGUUACCCGGGACGUCCACGGUGUGGGAGCACCUCACGUUCCACGGCGCGCUUCGACUGCCGGGCAACGUGGAGAGGGCUCGACUCAAGGCGGUUAUUUGGCAGACGAUGCAGGACCUCGGCAUCUCGAAGAUUGCGCACUCGUUCAUCGGAGACGAGUUCACCCGCGGGCUCAGCGGGGGCGAGAAACGCAGGGUCUCCAUCGCCACCGAGCUGCUCACCAGCCCGGGGAUCAUGUUCCUGGACGAGCCCACCACCGGGCUGGACAGCACCAACGCGGCGAAGGUGGUGGACAUCCUCAGCGGACUCGGAUCCAUCGGCGUCACCGUCGUGCUCAGCAUCCAUCAACCCCGGCCGGACAUAUUCAGGCUACUCGACCGCGUGCUCGUCAUGUCGAGCACCGGCGGGGUGAUUUAUUCCGGCCCGAGCGCCACGGCG